AUGUCUCUCUUCAGCAAUACUGCGACCCCCAGCCCCUUCGGCGCCCCGGCUAACAAGCCUAGCGCUUUCGGCGGUGGUCUUGGCUCCAGUACGACUACAGGAACCACAUCAGGAUUGUUCGGCGGUGCAACUCAGACUCAACAACAAACUACCACGGCACCCGGCCUUUUCGGCACGCCUGCGACAUCCCAGACACCUAACUUGUUUGGCACGAGUACUGCGCAGAAACCAGCUGCCACAACCUUCGGUGCCACCACGCAACAGCAACAGCCCAGCCUGUUUUCCUCGACUACCGCACAGAAGCCAGCUACGAGCAUGUUCGGUACCAAUGCGCCGCAGCAACAAACGCAACAACCUGCAGGUGGACUCUUUGGAACGGCUUUCGGUGCCUCUGCCCAGCAGGCCCCGCAGCAGCAGCAACAACAGCAGCCACAGCAGUCGCAGUUCGGACAAACGACUAUGGUUCAGCCACCAGGUCAGCCGCAGGAACAAUCCCUAUCAACAAGCCUGUGGUCUCCCGGUCGCGCCAUUACUGGAGUACACCGAACCGUCCCGAUGCAAAUCGCCAUCGUCAAGGAUAAAUGGGAUGCGCAAAUUCGAUCGUCUCCCUUCCGCGCCUAUCUCUAUAACCACGUUGGCGACGAAAACGCACCAUUCUUCCAGCCCGGCUUCGAAGACGACGAGACGAAAUGGGAGGAGGCCUUGCGGCAGCGCCCUGGGUCGGGUUAUGUGCCCGUACUCAUCAAGGGCUUCAUUGACCUGGGCAAGCGUGCCCAGCGCCAGAAAGACUUCCUCGCCAUGUUGCAGACACGCCUUCACGAAAUCAACAACUGCUUGACCGACCUACUUUCACGACACGAUCUGAAGAUCUCCGUCAAGGUUGCGGAUGCUCGCCGAAAGCACAUUGUUCUGAGCAAGCGGUGCCUAGCCCUGGCGGCUAAGACGCAAAUGCUGCGUAACCGCGGUUACGCUAUGGACGACGCUGAGGAAGAGCUUAAGAAGAAAUUGGUCCAGCUGGAGCGGUCUGUCUUCGAUCCUUCUCUGACUGGUCGCGGCGAGGAGAUCUGGGCUCGUAUGCUAGCCAUUCAAGAACACUCGAAGCGUCUGCAGGCUGAGAUGGACCGUGCUGGUGCCAACGUGACGAAUAAUGCGGAGGAUGAGAUUGACGAGCACACUAUGAAGACCGCCAAGAAGAUCCUUGAUGACUACCAUGCUCAAAUUCAGCACUUGCAGAAGGAGAUGGAGGUGGUAAAGAAGGACUUUGAGGAGACGCAGAAGCUGCUUGGAAAAUAG